GUCGCUGGCAAACCAAUAAUAACAGUAAUUUAAAUUAAGCCAGACGUCAGCUGUUUCAGCUGUUUAUAUAUGUCAUGUAAUUUGUGGUUGAAGGAGAUGCGCUUCCUUCUGUGUUGGAUGUCGUCUUAAUCUCCUCCAGCCACCGGAUGCGCUAAAUAAAGCCAAGGUUGCAAAGUGCGUCACAGUGCGGAGCUGCUGAGAAUACACAAAGCUUACAGUCUCCUCCGAUAGUUUGUUGCUCUCUGUUUGCCCAAGAAACUCGAGCACACGUUUCCAUUGCAGCAUGGUGAAGAUCGCUUUUAACUCGGCGCUGGCGCAGAAGGCGCUGGGCAAAGAGGCACCAGCCGCUGUGAAGGAUCCUGAGCUGGCCACUGUUCCAGCGGGCAACGAGGGGUCCACAGGUCGCUGUCUGCUCACUCUGUUGGGCAUCGCCUUCAUCCUUAGUGGGCUCAUCGUCGGGGGAGCAUGUCUCUAUCGCUAUUUCACGCCAAAAAGGCUGUAUCAUGGUGCCAUGCAGUUCAGUGACGUGUCAACCGGAGCAGGAGGAGAGAGCCAGCCCUACUACCUGCCACAGGUGGAGGAGGAGGUGGAAAUCUCUGACAGCAUGGCCGUCAUCAGUGUCCCCCCUCCCCGCUUCAGACCUGGAGAUCCUGCUUACAUCCUUCAUGAUUUCAACAGGAAGCUGACAGCAUAUCUGGACUUGACUCUGAGGACCUGCUUUGUGAUUCCUCUGAACACCUCAGUGGUGCUCCCCCCUCAGGACCUCAUCGACCUGUUCUCACAGCUGAUGUCUGGCUCUUACCGCAGCUACCUGGUGCACGAGGACCUGGUGGUGACGGAGCGGAUUGAUGAUAUCAAGUCUCUGGGCUACUACAUCCGCCGGCUGUGUGAUGGAAAGGAAACAUAUAGAAUGCAACGUCGUGCCAGCCUGCCAGGUGGAGGCAUCCAGAAGCGCUCGGCAGACGAAUGCUUCAUCAUCCAUCACUUUGAGAACAAGUUUGUGAUGGAGACACAUAUCUGCAAGGCUUGAUGGGAAAACAUGAGCAUAGGUCAGAGGGAGAAUUGGUGGGAGUAGGAGAGACAGAGGGAACAAUUUUCAGCACAAAGUUACUACUGUAUAAAUCUCUAGUUCCAGUUUUUGCCUCCCCUGCAUUAACCCCAGUGAUAAGUGACAUUACGUUGCAACAUAUUAUAGCCUAACCCUCUCCUUUGCUGAACCUUCCCCUGAACCUGUACAGGUCAUAGCUUUCUUGCUCUUGUUAUUCACUAGCUAGUCUUGUACUAUUAACCAGCGUCAGCCUGCUAACUAAGCAUUUAACUAUUUGUUAUGUUGGGUUUUGUUUUGUUGCUGUAAUUUCUUGCUGACUGAUCUCGUAGUUGUUAACGCUAUUACAACGUCCAGUCACCUCUAGAUGAGUAUUAUUAGUCAUUCAACCGGUAGUAUAUGCUGCUGAUAAUGAGAACUCAUUCAUACUGUAUCCUGUUCGUGUGUCAGCCUGCUGUUUUCACUCUCAAAGGUUUGUAGAGCAGCCUUGACAAAAUGUACUGUAUGUUAUAUUGUGGUAGGCUAUAGCACAAUUCACCAUGGAAAUGUAUGGUACAGUACAGCUACAGUACACAUGUAACAAAGUUGUUGUUUUUUUUUAUGAAGAUGCACGAGCCCAGAGCUCUCAGUCGCCACUUCCCCGAGUGCCCUGCUGCUCCCCGAGGCUUCUGCAGCCCUGCUCUGUGAUGAUGUAAUGUAAACCUGAUGGUGAACAGUUCAGCACCUUGCAACCAGUGUCCGUGUUUGUGUAGAAACCUCAUUUGUGGCACUAGACUUGAAAGAUGGCUGUUGAGCUUGAAGCUAAAGGGAAAUGUCACCAGUUUUGUCUCAGAAAAUGCUAGUUUUUCCAUUUUUAUUUAUGACUUUGUACUCCCAUAAGAGACUUGUCUUUACUGAGACGUCUGAGAGCAAUAAGCUCCUGUCAGCGCGGUUUUUUGAAGAAUGCUACAUGUUUCAAAUUGUCACAGGAACAAAUUCUCAGCAUACAUUAGUAUAUUUGCUUUAAAUAUUUGUACUGGAAUUUGAAAGUCCUUACACAAGCUUGGAAGUAUGAAAAAUGGCUUUUUGCCCAAUAUUGUGUAAGUCGUUUUCAGUGUUUUCCCACCUGCACAGAAAGACAAUCAGACAGGAAGUGUGCUUGUAAAAGUGUGUUUUUGUCUCAGCUUUUUAUCUGAAUACUAGACGAUUAGAUGUACUGAACUGAACUUCAUUGUUGAAUAAAGUCCUUUACCUACUUA